UCUUACGGUCUCACUGGCUCACUGGAUCAUUCAUCAUUCUCGAUUCCAUUAUUCCAUUAUGUGAUCCGGGUACGGUGGAUCCUCCAUCUCUCACAUCAUCUACCGUAUCUCGCCCAGUGUUCGAGUGGACCAUGAAAACAUAAUAUCAAGACCUCCCCACAAUCACUGUCGAAGGAACUGCAAGAAGGGAGCAAGCGCAAUGGUCUUGCACACAGCGCACGACAAUGGCAAUGGCAAUGGCAAUGAGGAAGUGUUUCUGAUGGACUGGAUCCGAAAGGUCGCUUUGGAAAAGGGAGAGAGAGAUUUUGCAACUUGGUACGAUGGUAAAGGAAAACAAGUCAACGCCGUGACUUUUGGGGGUCUCUGGGAGGAAGCGGGAGUUAUCGCUGCUUAUCUUCGUAAUGAGUGGCAAAUGGAAAAGGGAGACCGCGUUGUGCUCUGCUACACCCCUGGGAUCCAGUUCUUUGCAGCCCUAUUGGGGUGCUUUCGUGCAGGAGUCAUCGCUGUCCUCGUCUACCCUCCAGAUCCAAGCAGCGCCGAAAAGUUGGCAUCCUCUCUCAAGAAGAUGGUCAAGUCCAUUGACGAUUGUCACCCCAAGUUGGUCCUUUGUGAUGCAUCGGUACACUUGAUGCGUACCGGAGACAACCUCAACGUCUUGUUCUCCAGGAGCCGUAAGCUUUGGCCAGCCGUACCGUUUCAUGUGACUGAGAACCUGCGGGGAAAGGGCGGCGACAAGCACUGUUUUGAUGAACCUUCACUGACACCAAAUGAUAUUGCAUUCUUUCAGUACACUUCGGGUAGCACAGGAGAUCCAAAGGGAGUGAUAAUCAAAUACGGCGCACUAGCAGCCAACAUUAGACUCAUACACAAUGGAUUUCGCCAGUGCUACAGAGAAGAUGGAGGAGUCCCUGAAGAAAUUGUAGGAUUCUCAUGGUUGCCUCAAUAUCACGACCUCGGACUCGUCUAUGCGGGCAUUGCACCGUUCAUGGCCGGCAUGCGGAUGCAUAUGAUGUCUCCCUUGACCUUUCUGAGUAAUCCUCUGCUCUGGGUCCAACUUAUGUCCCAACUCAAGGUGUCCUGGGGAGUGGCACCGGACUUUGCCUACAAUUUGGUAACAAGGAGAUUCAACCAAGCGCUCAAAGCGUCGGGGGGAAAGAAUCCGCUACCAGGGCUGGACUUGUCCUGCAUCCACAACCUCCAGAGUGGAACAGAGCCCGUGCGACCGCAUACCAAGAUCAACUUUGAAAACGCCUUCUCGCCAUACGGGCUCCGAAAGGAUUGGUUUCAUGCUGGCUAUGGCCUCGCUGAAAACGUGGUUGGAGUUUCUUGGAUUCAUGGAUACCAUUUGUCGACGCCUCGUCCUGACGAGGAUAUGGGACCACUUGUAGCUGUUGGCAGCAGGCACACGUUCGACAAGUCCCUAGACGUCAGGAUUGUGAUCCCGGAAACCAUGGAAGAAGCGGAAGACAACACCACAGGCGAACUUUGGAUUGCGGGGCCGAGCGUUGCUGGUGGAUAUCAUGGCAAGCCAGAGCUCUCAAAAGGGGUCUUUGAGGCGAAACUGUCGGGGUCUCACAGGGAAGCUCCCAUUGAUCCUUCCAAACGAUAUCUCUCCACCGGCGACCUCGCAUUCAUUCAAAACGACAAUCUUUAUAUCUGUGGGCGUAUCAAGGAUCUUCUGAUCGUAAACGGCCGCAACUAUUACCCAAGUGAUAUCGAGCUGGCAGCGCAGGAAGCGUCAGAAGCCAUUCGUCCUGGCUGUGUUGCCGCGUUCUCGGAUGACGAAAUCAACACCGAUGCGAGCUCUUUGACGAUAGUCUUUGAAAUCAGGGCUUCAAGCUCCAAGAGAGAUGCUGCAAGCGUCAUAGAAGGAAUACGCCAAAGCGUCAUCAAUCAAAUUGGACUUAUGCCCUACCGCAUCGUUGCCAUCAAGGAGAGGACCAUCCUCAAAACAACAAGUGGCAAGAUUCGGAGAAGGGCCACCCUCAGCGCACUCAAGGAAGGAUCCCUAUCCAUAGUGCUCGAUGAACAACGCAUGACGACAACAAGGGAUCCGACAGCUGUCUCUUCCAAGUUGGGAGCGUCAAGAGACGAACGUAACGAAGUUGCUCCCUGCGGCGAAAAGUAUGAAAGCAUAGUGUCACAAAUCAUCGGGACAAAGUACAGUCCAGACGACUCUUGGGGGGACAAUGGUCUAUCAUCGAUGCAGCAGGUGGAGCUGGUGAACGAACUCUCCGAAGCAUUUCCUGUUGAGAUCCCCUCCGAUUUCCAGACUGUGUUCGGUACGCCUCUCGAGCUGAAAGAGCAUAUCCUGGGCCCACAAGCUGGUGCAUUUUUCCCCACCAAGAUAGAUGAACUUGCAAUUGACCGUCCCAUAUCCAAGAACGCGGCAACUGCAGUCCAAAUGUUUGGCGUGUGGCUGCUGCUGUCUUUGCUCUCCGUGAGCACAAUUCCAGUCUACUAUUUGGUUGUUUUUGUAACUGAACAAAGCAACGGAGCUCCCUGGAGAGAAGUUUUGUUUCCGUUCGGGGGGUUGCUGCUCCCACCAAUCAUUGUGCUUUGGCAUUUCAGCUUCUCUGUUGUGGUUCUCUUGGCCAAAUGGUUGGUGAUUGGAAAGUACUCCGAACGUAAAGCCUUCCUGCCGUCAAUAUACUAUCUUCGGUGGUGGCUACUCGAUAGACUGUUGGAUCUGUGGGAGUUUUUCUCGGGAAGGUUCAUCAAAGACACUCCGUUGAUUUGGGUUUUCUACCGUCUGAUGGGGGUCAAGAUGCCCUACAACGUACGGAUUGAUGCUUUCCUCCGCGAAUUCGAUCUAAUCCAGAUCGAUGCGCAUUCAUCAGUUUUGUUCGGUAUGCGCUGUCGCAAGUUCGGAUCCUGGGAGGCAAUACGAGAGCACACCUCGGCGCCCAGCCUUCGAUUUCGUCCCAUUCACAUUGAGGCAAACUGCACUAUCCGUGGACAUGUCGGAUUGGGCUCUUCCGUUGGACAGGGAUCCUGGGUCGAGAAACUCGCUUCUGUGCCCGAAGGCUCUUUAGUUCCCUCCGGAGCUGUGGCUGUUGGCAGUCCUGCCCACCAAUCCUUCCAAGAGAUGCGAGAAUCUACGCUUCCGGGUGCAUUUGUCUUUCUCGAGAUGGGUAAAGUGGCGUGGAUUUUGGUUCAAGUAUGCUUGGCUUCACUUUUCACGACCGCUGGGGAGUCUGUCUUCACCUAUGUAUUCGAGGAUACAACCAAAGGUUGGCGGUAUUCUUCCCUGUUCGAGAUAAUGAUCGUGUUUGCCUGCUCCACUAUGCUUGGUCUCCUUACGUGUAUCCCGAUGAAAUGGAUUCUGAUUGGACGUCGGCGACCUGGGCAGUCUGACGGUUGUGUUGAUGGACUGUUGCGAUGGAUUGUUGACUACCAGUUCAAUCUGUAUCGAACGUUUUUCGAUUUGGUUGCCUUGAACAGUGUGGCAGUGAAUCUUUAUCUGAAGGCAAUGGGCAUGGAUAUCGACAUGAAGAGCAAGGUGUGGCCUUCUCUCGUCCCACCUUCCAAGGUGGAUCUCGUGACAAUCCAUCAGUCCUUUGUGUCGGCGGCCGUCUUCGACGUAUCAAAUCCCCAAUCAGGCACGGAUUCGCCUCAGCCCAUUGUGCUGGAGAGCAGCAGUAUCAGCCAUUCGGUUGUGUUGGCAGGUGGCGUCACUGUUCGUCACUCUGAGGUUAUCCCUUUUUCUCACGUGACCAACCACAUUAUUGGAGACUCUCAAAAGUGGAGGUCUGAACAGCACGGCCUUCCUUCCGUGUUGUACAGAGCUUCAAUGGAUUUGAUGGCAAUAGUCCUGGUGAUUUUCUUGACGGCCAGCUUCAUUCCUACUUUGGAGUUCUUUAAUGCCACGGCAGCUCUGGAUGGCAGGUUUCAGUUUCCAGUGGUUCGGAUCAUCCUGUCGCUGUGCGUGCAUAGCUCCACUUGGUACUUCCUUUUUGUUGCGCUGCAUCGCAUCCUUUUCCUGAACAAGAAGGUUCCGUUGAGUCUUCCUCUGUACUUCGCUUACAUGCAACUCAUGGAGUUCUUUUUCGAGCUCUCCUUGUUGUCAUUGUUCUUCGGAACGCCGGCUAUGAAGCCCAUCUUUCAAGGUUUGGGUUGUCACAUGAAGAAUAGAGAUGACGAACUUUGGUAUUUUGGCAAACGUGUUUACGACGUUCCUUUGCUGACCUUUCAGGGACCAACCAUUGUUGACACUAGUUUAUUGAGUGGCCACAUUGUGGUGUUGGGAAAAGCCAGCUUUGGUGAAUGCAAAGUUCGUGGACUUUUGCACGAAGGGACCGUGUGUUUGGCGCACACAGACAUUGAGGGCAAAAGAAGCAAGAAUAAUGGGGAAGAUGCUAUUCGAAAUGAAGUGGGACCCAUGUGUUUCGUUGCUCCAACCGGAGUUGCCCCGCUCUGCCCAACCCAAGAUGUCCGGGAUACCCAGCAUACCCAACCUUUCGAAGAAUCCGACGAUUUUGUCGAUGCAUGAUGAGAUGCCUCCGUGUACUAGUAGAGAUGAAUGUUGUGGGUGCACUGGGAGGCGAUCUGGUGUUUGUACAGGUUGCGGACCGGUAUGGUGAGGGACAAACUCCAAUUGGGAUAUGCCAUCAGCAGGUGCAAGCUCUCGUAGCAAGGACUCUUCACGACAAUGUAACUAACACCUCAGAUCACAGGCAAU